GAUACAGAGAUACAGUACAUUGUAGGGAGAUUGCAGCAGUGUGGUACUGCGGUAGCAAGGCUAGCAAUUAAGCAUUUCAUUUUUUCCCUAGUGCAUAAGUUAAAUUUAUCAUUCGAUCGGCAAUUCGACAAAGAUGUACAUAUAUUAAGAGUGCAACGUUGAAAAAAAUGAUAACAUUCAAAUAAAGGUUUAUUGUGUUAAAGAGUAUAAUAAAUGUCAUAACGUAGUAUACAGAUGAGGUAUAUUGCGGAAAAAUAAUUUGGUAUUAUGUUUUACCAAGAUUAGCUCUACGAUGUCUCAAAGAAUAAAAUUUAAUGUUAUUAGUAUAUGCAGAUGAAAAUGAACAAGACUGGAUAUAUUAGGUAUAGCAAUGAUGGCUAAACAAGUUGAUGAUGAUUUAACCAGAGAGGAUUUUGAUGCAGGACCAUCUAGCUAUGAUGAAAUAGAACUAAAUUUAUACUUAGGAAAUUUAACUGCUGCAACUGAUAUAGAUUGGUUGAAACAGGCAAAAAUUACUCAUAUUCUCACUGUCGAUUCUUGUCCAUUACCUAGGAAAAUUGAAGAUGCUUUACCGGAUAUAAAAUUAAAGUACAUGCAAAUGACAGAUAUGCCAAGAGAAGAUUUGUUAACAUCUUUUGAAGAUUCCAAUCAGUUUAUCCAAAGUGCGUUAAAAUCUGGAGGAAAGAUUCUAGUCCAUUGUUAUUUUGGUAUAUCUCGUUCAGCAACUAUUGUUAUUGCAUUUAUUAUGAAAAAGUAUAAUUUAUCUUAUAAUGAUGCUUUUGAGGCUGUGAAAAAGAAACGUCGCUUUGUUGGCCCAAAUCCAGGUUUUAUAGCUCAACUGAAACUGUACGAAGAUAUGGACUUCACACUUGACUGUACAAAUGUACAAUUCAAAAUGUUUCAACUUCAAAUCGCUGCAGAUAAAGUUAGAAAAGCUAGAAUUCUACCUCAAAAUUAUAUUCAUCUUAUCAAGUCAGAUCCAGCUCUUCCUACAACUCAUCCAGAACCAACUGUAUACCGUUGUAAAAAGUGUCGCAGAAUUGUUGCCAAUGCUAGCAAUAUUUUACCCCAUAGACAAGGAGAAAAACAAAUUUGGCGACAUGUUAGCAAACGUUAUGAUAAAAUGACAAAAACAACCAAAAUUGCUCAAAAACCUAUAGAAGCAGGAAACAAAGAAAAAGAGGGGGUGAAUAAUGAGCUUUGUAAUAAGACUUAUUUUGUUGAACCACUGGCUUGGAUGCCAAAUAUUCUACAUAAAGUUGAUGGGAAACUUUGUUGUCCAAAGUGUGCAUCAAAACUUGGAUCUUUUAGUUGGAUAUCAGGAUGUCAAUGUCCAUGUGGCAGUAAAAUUGCUCCAGCUUUCUAUCUUGUACCUUCUAAAGUUGAUUGGAGUAAUGCUGUACAAAAUGUCCAAUCAACAGUGUAAUUUUAAGUGUAAGUUUUUUUGAUCAUUUAUUAAAAAUUAGUUGUAUUCUACUCAAAGUUUCAUAACUAUUAAUAUCAAAAAUACAAAAAAGAAACACUGGACGGAUCACUAUAAUUCUAAAAAAUUUUGUUAAAAUAAGAGAUAGGAGGCGAGUAAAUAUUUUUCUUGUUGAAAAUAUUUGAUGUUUAUCUUAAAUGAUGUACAAAUUGCUCUUUUGAGUAAUGCAACAAGAAAGUUCUUUGCUAAAUGCUAAGUUAGAUGUAAAGUUACAGGUGAAGUUAUUCCAGUUAAAUGUUGUAAUUGAUAAAAUCAAAGUUGGUAUAAUGGUUAAAAUCAAGCCUUUGCAAGUUAAAUUUCUAAAAAUAUUCGUAGAUUUUUCGCUAAAAAUAGUUACAUAGAAAUUAAACAAGAACAGACUGAGUGUUGUACAAUAGUUUACUUAAUAAGAGCUUGAUAAAAACAUCAAUAAAUUUCUGAAUAGCAUCAUAACUGCUUCACGAAUAGUACAAUUUCUCAACAUUUUUGCUAUGUGCCAAAUUAAACUUUAUACAGUUUUUGUAUAUUUGUAUUUGUACAUGAUUAUAUGUUAAUUCAUUUAUUAUAUUUAAAAAUUAGAUUAUUAUUGUUAUACGAUCGCAAGUAACUUAACUUAUUUUAUGACAUAAUUUCAUCGUCAUGCAUUAAUUGUAUAAUAGCUUUAUAAAUUAUUAGUAAAAAUAAGAUGCAUAUAUCUCAUUUAAAAAAUAUUGUAAUCUUCGUUAUGUACUUUAUAUAUAACAUCUUCUCUAAUAAAUUGUUUGUCUAAGACCCGCAAAAUUAACAUUU